UGGCAGCGUGGCAGCGUUUAGUCGUAAAGGUAGUUACUAGAAAGUAAGCUCUUGAGUUCCUAUAGGAUAACCGUUAUGUUUAAUGCUAAGAUUUCAGAUUGUUAAACCUUUGACGUUUUUAAAUUAAAAAAGUUCAAAAUGUUAGAUAUUUGUUUUUUAUGCGUUAUUUCUUUAUUUAUUUUGAUAGUUUAAAUUAAUUUCUGGUUYAAUUGUUCAUCCGUGUACAAGAUAAAUGCAUGAAAUGUGUAUGUAUUAUAAUAUGAGCAUUACACAGCUUGAUUUAGAAAACAAUGCAAAGUGCAUCAAAAUCUCAUCAAAUAUUAAUGCUAAUAAAUAAUGAAAAGAUAWGGUGUUCAUUUCCAAAGUAAAAACCUGGACCAGAAUUCAGAAGUUGGAAACAAGUUUCAACAGAAAGUUGGAAAUAUGGGUCUUUCUUCACAACAAGUUUUGUCAUUUAUUCCUGCAGAUUCUUGGACUCCAGUUUUUGUAAUGCCAGGUUAUAAAUCGAAUAAUGGAAUUUAUGUAAUAUCUACAAAUGAAAAAUAUUUACAACGUUGUAAUGACAUGUACAAAAUGGUAUUACAUAGUUAUACAUUUGAAAAAGUCAAUACAUAUCAGUUAAUGGGAUUGGUUGCAGUAGAAAUAAAAGGAUUAUGGUGCAGAGGCAGAAUGCUAAGUUAUAAUGAAUGUUUGAUUAAAAACACAGUUGUUGAGUUAAUUGAUUCAGGAACUAUUGUUAAAAAACAAUUAUGUGAUUUAUAUCAACUACCAAAUGGUUUUAAAUAUGAUCCUUUAUGUCUCACAAUUAAASCUGUUAAUGAGUUUCCUUCCCUUACAGUGGCUACACAGUUUUAUGUCCAACCUUUAUUAUUACAAAGCGAACUUCAUAAAGGUUAUGUUGUAGUAAAAAUCAAACCAAUAGAAAUUAUUAAUGAAAUAUAUUCAGAGCUGACAUGUGAAGAAAUAAAUACAAUAAGUUCUCAACCUUUAAUCAUUAGUACCAAGGAAAAAUGUAUGGUCAAAGAGUCUAAAUGUAAUCUACAAGAACUAAACAAUUUAAAUAAUCGUUUGAUUUCCAUAAAAAAAUUUAAAGAACAAGGUAUUAUUGAGUAUAAAUAUGUUGAAUUUUCAAAUGAGUUGAAAGAGAAGAAAAUGUAA